AGCCUAUUAGUCUUAUCAGCUGACCCAGCGGCUUUGUUUAUAAACUAAAGCGCGCCGAAAGUGAAAUUUCGCAAAUUAUGAAAUGCACUCUGGAGGGAGGCAAUGCGCGUGUCAUUGCCAAGGCCAUACAAUCGUUGUCCAAAAUUGGCAAAGAGCUAUUCAUAGAAGCUGAUGUCCAUGGAUUAACAAUGCGCUCUAUCAAUCCCACGCAAUCUGCUGUGGCUAGCAUUAGCUUUAGUCGCAGUAUGUUUGAUACAUUUAAUCUACCACCCAGCGGUGACUGUUUUUGUAAAAUAGCUAUGAAGCCAUGCCUCGGCGUCUUUCGCAACAUGAAGCAGGUCGAAUACUGCGAACUGAGCAUUGUGGAUAAUAAGUCCAAAUUACAAGUCAAUCUACGCUGCAAGCUGGAGACCACAAAGCAGGCACUGAUUGCAAUUGUGGAUGAAUUGAAUAUUACGGCGAGUGUAUCAACUGAUCAAAGUCCCAAUAGCAUUCACGGUGAUCACAAGCUGUUCAUGGAAAUUUCGAAUAGCUUCAAUUCUUCUGAAGAGGAACUUACGCUGGAGGCCACGCCGGACAGUCUGUCUGCUAAGAACUACAUCGAAGGUGCUCGUGUUAAUGAUAAGUUUAUGCGUUCGCAGCUGAAACUGAAGCAUAGCGAAUUUGAGCACUAUCAGGUGACCGAGGGAUCAGUCGUUACAUUUUGCAUUAAGGAAUUUCGCGCCUUUCUGCUCUUUGCUGAAGCAUUGAAUGCGGCAAUGACGCUGGAGUUCGAUGACGCUGGCAGUCCAUUCAUCGUAAAGAUUAAAAAACAUCAAGAUAUUGAGUGCUUGCUCAUCCUAUCAACUCUGGCGCCCGAAGAUGUUAGUUUCUCGGAAGAUUAUCGCCCGCGCGACAUUACUGUGUGUAAUACACCAAAUGCAUCUCAAAAACGAAAGAGCAGUACACCGGGUCCAGAGAUACAGCAAAAGCGGCGGUUGGCUGAAGAUACGACUCUCUCGGAGCUCGAUACGUCGCUGUUUCAAUUCCGCGAUCGACGCACUGAAGUGCCAACGGAGCCAGCUUCAGUGCAACCAGCUCGUAUGCUAGCCGACGGCGACACUAUGGAUUUAGUUGAUGAAGAGGCCGAAGAGGAGGCAAUGUUGCUGGCCGUAUCAGAUGCUAUGGAGGCCAGCCAGAUACCUCGACCGAGUAGCACUGAAGUGUGCUUCUACAAUACAGAGGAUGCGCCGCCCACACUAUUGCCAGAGGACAAUAAUGAGGAGGAUGAGAGCAUACCUCAAUCGCCAGACCGCGAGCGCGGCCUUCGGGUGCGCACCAUCUUCUCUAGAUGUUUUCAAAAUACCUACGUACCGCGCGAGCCUUCGCCAAACAGUCAGAUGUAUGCGCCCAAUUCGGACACAGAAGAUUAGCCUAUUUUGUUCGUUUAUUUAUAAGGAUUAUAUAAACGUAUGUACUUUCAUUCCCGCCUCAAUUGCUUCUCUCCUU